GAUCAGUUAUAUUGUUCAAAUGAAAUGCAUGAAAACUUUUAGCUUCCAAAACAUCUAGCAUGAUUAACAGUUUUGUGCAUCCUUUAAACUGCAUUUCACACAGUUUCAAUGUGAUGCGCUUAUACUCCCACAUCUACAGCACCAGAAGAAGAGAAGUUCAGUGAAUACAUUAAAGUGCUCUCUUGGCAUCACAGAUAUUCAUUUUUCACAGAUAAGGGAUGAUGUUCAUUUCUGAGCAGCUGCUGUACAUUCAGCAGCUUAUGUGUGAACUGUAAGCCAUUUGUUUAAUGUAAAUGAUAUUCAAGGUUUAUAUUAAUGCAACCAGGAGCCUCUACAUUAAAUAUACAGAGAGGCACACUCGAGGUGAAAAGGACUGAUAGAAAUGAACUCGGAAACGACUGCAGCAUUACUCAAAAUCUGAAAGAAAACGAACAAAAAUACCACUCUGAAACUGUAACUAUGGAGACAAGCCAGCUAUUGGAAAUGGCAACUGAAACAGACUGUAAAAUGGAUUCUGCAGAAACAGAAAAGCUUGAAAAUAAAGAUUUGUUUAGAGAAAGCAAAGAUGUUAGUUUCCAUGCAGAAAUAAAGAAAACCAUCGAAGAAACAGAAGUUGAAACCGCAAUAGAAGAACACGAAAGCAGCAAUAUCUUUCAAGAGGAGGCUUUUCAUGCAGACGUGGAUUUAGAGGAGCUUCAUCAAAUAGAGUCUGUCGCUUCCUCAGUGUCUGACACCACUUCCAGUGCUGGCAGUGUUUGUGAAACUGAAAUCAGACACACAGAACAAGAACCAGGUCAUCGAGGCCAGAUAGAUAAUGACAUUAUGACAGUAUCUUCAAAUUGUCAUGUUACGGAAGUAAAGGAACCUGUGGAGCAUAGCACCAUCCUGGAAAAUGAUUUGUAUGAAGAAAUGGAGGACUCGGCUUUAGAGCAUUGUAUAAAAGAGGAAGUGCUUUCUGAUGUGUCUACUGAAGAAGAUGAAACUUCUGAACUAAUUGCCAGUUUACAGGAAGAAAUAGCUGCUGUGUCUUCAGAUAGUGAGAUUGAUGACAAAUGGAGGAGCAUUUUCACUUCUACUGUUAAUAAAGAAAAUGAGGAUUUGUUCUUAGGCACAAACAUCCAGGUGAAAACUACAGAACAAUCUUUUGAGGAGACAGAGAGCGAUGGACCAAGCCCAGAGGAAAUAAAUCAAGAGACUCAAAGUACAGCCCUAGCCGCUGAGAAAAACAAUGUAGAUGUUGACAAUUUUGAGUUUGAAGGCAAAAGUGAACAUGUUUUUCAAAUAGAGGAAGAUUCAACUGAUUCUUCUUCAAUGUUAGACAUUCACCAGGAUGAACUAUCUGAGGAUAACACUACAAAAGUCAAGGAAGACCCAAGUCAAACCUUAAAGCAAAAUCCACACACCAGUUCACAUGAUCCUACCAAGAAAAUUCCCAAAGACUACUGCGUAGUUGAAGAGUCACAAAAUGAAAAUGUAGAUAUGGAACAUGUUGAUUUUAUAGUUGCACGUAAACAGUGGUUGAAGAUGGAGGAGUUGACAAAAAGCCAGAGCUACAAUUCUCCAGUCAAACAGAGUAAAUGCCAGACAGGUCACAGCUUCAUGCACACUCCUGUUAGAAACAUUGAAAAACCAGUGACAGGUCAAGAGAACAGAGAGGCACACAAACGACAAGUAAAAGAUGUGGGGGUAGGAAGUUUUGAUAUAAUGAUGGGUGAGAGUUUAGGAAAAAAUGACCACCAGCAAACUCUCUUCAGUCCUUCCUCGGAAGAUUCUGGUUUGGAUGAUUCCAGUUCCAGAUCUGCCUAUGAUGAUACAAGUUUAACAGCCACCGACACACUGGUGUCUCCAAAAUCAAAUCAAGAAACUCCAAUUGAAAAGGAGAUCCGGCAGGCUUUAGAGAGGGAAGUGAAUUUAAGGCGUGAAAGGGGGAUUUCACAGCCAGUUGCCUCAAAUGAAUAUGUGGAGAUCAAAACCAAACCUUCCCUUCUCCACCAAGGAUCUGAUAGUCCUAAAGGAACAACCAAGCAAUUUGCUGAGCUGCAGAUGCAGAGAGAUGUUUUACUGGAGUGCAGUAGAGAACAUGACCUUGUUCAGCAAGGAAAGGUCAGGGGCAAGUACGAAAGAGGACUGUCCCAGGAAAUAGAGGAGAAAAGGAAUAUAUAUCAAUCACAAGAUCAGUGUAAAAUGCAGAGGUCACUGUCACAUGGGCCUCUAUAUCAUGAGUUGUCUGCAGAAAAUGUUAUUAUACUGGAGCAUGAUUCCUUUCUCUCCCCUGCAAGACAAUGUGGGAAAGAUCAUCCCGUUUCUCCUGUACGCAAGAAACAAAACGAGUGGCCCUCAGAGACAGCAAAUGUGAUCAUACUAGAAACAUCAAACCUAAUCAUACGCAGUGCAUCCGAGUUUUGUCUAUCUGCUGCACAAGACAGCCAAGAAAAUACUAUUCACAACAAUCCUUUCUUCAAGCUACGUUCCAGGAGUUCUCUGUCUCUAGUCGACCAGGAGAUUAAAAUAGCGACACAGCGAGAAGAAGAACUGCAAAGACAAAGGGCCAGUCUUUAUUCAAAUGAGAAGACCGGAUACAGCACUGUAUUGGCAUCUCCAAACUUUCUGGACCCCUUCUCAUUUGAUAAAGCAGAAAUGCCUUUGAGAUGUAGAUCCUCCCCUUCGUCACCUAUGAAAUCUGCAUUUAAAAACAUGGACCAAUCACCUCUGAGGUGUGAUCGUAAGCAGUUUCUGGAGGCUGCAGCAGGGUCUCGUCGCAAGAGUGAACUGGCACUUCGCUGGGAGGCUGGGAUAUUUACCAACAAUGAGUAAGAAGAAAAUGUGCAGGAAAAACAACCCUUGUUAAUGGUUUAAGAAUAUCUCAUUUAAACUGUUUUCUCAAGAAAAAAAAACAUAGUUAAAAGUUGCUUUUGUAGUUUUAUGAUAUGCAUAAUGUUAUGAAGAGCUUAGCCAGAAUGUAUUAUUUAAGUACUGUAGUUGUUUUGUAAUUCGUACAGGUGCCAAGUGGCUUGUGUGGCAUUGUUAUUUGAUAUAUAGUUUUAAAACAAUCCCUUAUUUAUGCUUUUUCUUCAGUUACAGCAUAUAGUGUUAUAAUCGUGUUAAAAUAGCUUUAUCUCCAAAUUAUAUUACAAGAGGAUUUGUGAGUUUAUUUAGACAUCUUUUAAAGAGCUUGUUGCCCCAAGACUACAAGAAAGUAUUGUGGGUAUUCUACAUUAUACUGUAUAACUAUACUCAAAAUACAGUAGUAGUCAACACUGCUUAAACAUGCUUUGUCUUUAAAAGUCCAGUUCAAUGUGGAUAGCAUGAUGUCAAGCCUUUCUUUACUCUUUUGUUUGAAUUAACUUUGCAUCUUAAAAGGCUGAAUUGUUUACUGGACCUUCAUUUAAACUAAAACAUUUAGAUCCACAGGAAAUAUCCAUAAAAAACAUAACCGCUUCAGGUGUUUGAGUCAGUCAACAUUUAAAAGGACAAGGGUUUUUAAGAUGCACAUUUUGCCGGUUAAAAAUGUAAUAUUUUAAAGUGUGUUUCACUUUACCAUGGUAUACCCUUACGAGGGUAUAUUAAAACAGACAUGAACUUAACUAUUGCCACAUUUUUCCAUGUGUAUCAAAUCUAACAUAGGCUCACUUGUGCAUUUUUCCUACAUUGCAUCUAUUUUUGAAUGCGAGCACCAUCUUUAAACAACAUUUGUCUCCAGUGUGUGGUUUAGCAUUGUGGCAUUUGAUCUUGUUUAAAGAUGUGAACCCAGUAUGGACCCUUGUCCUUUUAAUAUUUUAUUUUCUCUUGUGGUGGAGGGGUAAUGCAAAAUAAAAACUCUUGAACUUCAA